AUGGCAACAUCACAGCGUAAUGUCGAAAAGUUUUCGUGUGCAACAUCACGCUUCCUUUUACCAACAUUUCGUCGUCCAUGCUAUCGUGAAAUAAUUGAAAUCAAUGUUACAUGUGAUGCAGAAAAUGAAGUUUUUUCAAAAUGGACAAAAGAAGAAGGGCAAUAUUAUCAUAUUAUUAAUACAGCUCUUCUUAAUGAUGAUUAUGAAGUAUUGAAAAACAAUGUACAAUUUAUCAAUAGUUUAAAAAUGGCAAUUCGAAAUAAUAAUGAAAAAGAAUCAUUAAAAGUUUACCGUGGUUUAUCUAUAUCAAGUGACCAUGUUAAGCAAGAAUACAAAGUAGGUUUACAAUUUUUAUGGCCAACGUUUACAUGUACGUCAAGAAAUAAAGAUGUAGCACAUGGCUUUGGUGCUUAUAUAUUUGAAAUCGAAGCAUCAAUAGAUGAUUGGACGUAUCGUGCUGAUAUUGCGAAGUAUUCGGAAUAUCCAGACGAACAAGAAGUUUUAUUUUAUCCAUACAGUGGAUAUAUUGUCAAGAAUAUUAUGCAUGAUGCAAAAGUAAUUCAAUUAAAAUGUGUAGAUACAAAACAAGUUGAAUUAAACUCCGAAAAAUUUCUUCCCGGAGAUGUUAAAAUUUUUGAUUCGUCAAGAAAUAUCUUUGUUUAUUUCUAUAAAAAAAAUACAGAUGUUCAUUGGUCUUAUGCUGACAAACCGAAGGAAAUGUUUCUAAUUGCUGGUAAUCAAAAUGGCUAUUGGGAUGCACCUUACCGUUAUCAUCAUCGUAAUGGUUACUUUAUAGACAAGGGUAACAGUUUAUGGGAAGAAUAUCACAACAAUCAACUUUAUGCAAAAUUUACCAGAGUGCAUGAUGGUAAUAAUUAA